GCUGUCAUGGCUGCCUCCAUAGAAAACAUGUCAGCUCAACAUAAAAUACAGAAAGGACACAUUCCACGUUACAUCCCGUAUAUUUUGUGUCAAGUUAUUUGAUGAGACGUGUAUAAAUCGACUUUGUCCUGUAUUUUGGACGAUUUUUUUAUUACUGAACGGUAACUAUUAUAAUGACAUUAAUCAACAUUCGCUGCUGUGGCAGACAUGGCUGGCAUUUAGGUCUCCGUGCCUUUGCCACACGAUCUACGAGCACCUUGAGGAAGAGUGAGCAGCAAGAUGAAGGACCCGUGUUCCAGUAUGUCGGCCAACACAGGAAGCCCAAAGAGAAAGUGUUUGUAUGGGGCUUUAGCUUCACUGGAGCUUUAGGAAUACCUAGCUUUGUUGUGCCUGACAGCGGCAGGAAAAAUCCUAGGAAGUAUCAGCUCACACCUUACCGCCUGGAUACUGAACAGAAGAUUUCCUCAGCAGCCUGUGGAUAUGGUUUCACCCUGCUGGCAUCUAAAACCAGAGACCUGACCAAAUUGUGGGGCAUGGGCCUGAACAAAGAUUCCCAACUGGGCUUUCAACGUACACAACAUGACCGACAUAAGAGUUAUGACUAUGUCCUGGAGCCGUCUCCAGUGUCUCUCCCUCUGGUCAACCCUCAAGAGACACGUGUUUUACAGGUAUCAUGUGGCCGUGCUCACUCGCUGGUGCUCACAGACUCUGAGGGAGUUUUCAGCAUGGGUAAUAAUGCCUAUGGACAGUGUGGGAGGAAGAUUGUGGAGGAUGAAGUUUACAGUGGCAGCCAUAUUGUUCACAAGAUUGAAGGUUUUGACAGCCGAGUCACCCAGGUGGCUUGUGGGCAGGAUCACAGUCUGUUUGUAACCGAGAGGGGCUCUGUGUAUGCCUGUGGGUGGGGGGCAGAUGGACAAACAGGUUUGGGCCACCACAACAAGUCCUCCUGUCCAGUGCUUGUUGGAGGAGACUUGACUGGUGUCAAAGUUCAACAGGUGGUCACAUAUGGAGAUUGCAGUUUGGCUGUGUGCACUGAUGGGCAGGUGUUUGGCUGGGGGAACUCUGAGUAUCUGCAGCUGGCAUCUGUCUCUGAAGCAACACAGAUUAGCUCACCACGACUGCUGUCUCUGAAGGGGGUGGGUCGAGUCCGACAGGCGGCAUGUGGAGGAACACAGGUGGCUGUCCUGAACGAGCAAGGAGAGGUGUUUGUUUGGGGCUUUGGAAUUCUGGGAAAAGGCCCAAAUCUUUCCGAGUCCGCUAUCCCAGAAAGAGUGCCAGCAAUAUUGUUUGGGAGGUCAGAGUUCAACCCUGCAGUAAAGGUGUCUUCCAUCCGCUGUGGACUCAACCACUUUGCAGCCAUCACAGAUCGUAGUGAGCUGUUUGUUUGGGGUAAGAAUGUGAGAGGGUGUCUAGGCAUUGGGAAACAUGAUGACCAGUAUUUUCCAUGGAGGGUGACGGUGCCAGGCCACGUGACAGAUGUUGCCUGUGGUGUUGACCACAUGGUGGCGCUGGUCAAAUCAGUCAUAUGAGUCUUCACGUGUCACCCUUCUUCCAGAUGGAUGCUUUUAAUCUAACAUGGAAAUGCAACACCUCCUCUGCUGUUUACAGUAUGGACCUCAGAAAUAGACUUGAGAGUGAAAACUCUCACCUUGUGACUCCUAAAUUACUCUGGCUGUCUUAAUGAGGAGUAUGUUAUGUCGGGCCUUUUUGGAAAUUCUGGAAUUCUCAAGUUUUAUUUUGGACGUUUCAUCUCCACACUGUACAUUCAAAGCCACGUUAUCAGUACUGGUUCUACAUCUGCUUUCAUGGUAAAACAUAACUUUUUAAUUUGUUUUAUUUGUUAAAAUAAAACAUUUCAAAAUCUAUGUGUAGAAUGAGAUUUUAAGGUGAAACAACUCUGAGUUUCUACCGAUUAUCUUACCAAUGGCGUUUUGUACAGUUAUGGUUUUGUUUGAUUCUUAAAUAGUUCAACCAACAAUAGACAUUCAAUCCUUUACUCACCCUCAUGUUGCUCCAAAACCAGAGAAACGGUGUUACCCAUAAUCACCACUAUAGAUUUAUGUGAGGUGCAGACCAAAAUUUCCGUAUUUUCAAAUUUAGUGUGUCAAGAUCUGUUUUCAGCAGUGUUGGGUAACUUCUAAAAAAAAAAAAAAAGAUAUUAAUACAAAUGAAUCCGAUCACUGACUGACUUUCAGAUUGUCAUAGAAAAAGUAUUCACGUUACUUUCUAAAACACUUUUUACAUAAGUUUGUUUUUCCAGUGAACAAAUGACGAUGUUUGGUAACGCUUGAUCAGAAAUCAGACAAUAAAUUGCACUUGUACAUGUGUAGUUAUGGACGUGUUUGUCAUUAUAAACCAUUUAAGAUGUCUUUAUUGGCUGAAUUCUUAUCCAUGCAUUAUCUAUUUGUUUUUAGUUAAGUUAAUUGUUAA